UUUCCCUGUUUUAUUUAAUCCUUCGAUAUUUUAUUUGAAUUUGAUAAUUAUGAUUCAUUUGUAUGUAAAAUAUAAAACUUUCUGUAAGUAGGUACUUAGUAUAGACUGUAUUUAGUAUAGACACAAUAGCUCAAUUGUUAAAGCGGCUUUGACGCUAUACAUCGGGAGUCGCAGGUUCAAAUAAAAAUAACCCAUAUCAAUUUCACUUUUUAAUUUCUUAUUUUUGGACAUGUCGCGUCUGUUUAGGAAAUUACGUGAUGAAAAUCUUAGCGUUUUACUCAACGCCAGCUUGUGUUUAAAAUUUCACUCAAUAAGUCAAAAUGUCAACGAAUUUUUCAAAUAUAUGAGUACUAGUUCAAUGUUCAUGUACCUAAUGUAUUAUUUGUAUACUUAGUGUAAUAUAUUUUUAAAAUAUUUAAAAGAAUACAAGUAAUUAUUUACUUGAAUGCUAAUGGACCCUGAUUCAGCGCUCAAGAUAACGCUGUCACAGGUUAAGUUAACAAUUAAUACUUCCAAAUAUUUUAUCAAUAGAUGUCUGUAGUUAAAAAUACCUAACCAUGCGUCACCUUAUCGUGUUAACUUGUGUGGUGGUGUUUGGUGCAGCAAAAAUAACUAUUGAUUUAGAAGCAGGUGAUGAUAUAAGUGAUUUUAUUAUAAAUUAUUCUGGAUAUGAAGAGAAUAUCAUCACCGAUAAGUUUAUAAGUUUGUUCAAUAUCGAGAGAAAUAAUUUAAGGUUAGCCGUCAAAAGUUUCUAUGGUACUCUACCAAGAGACGUGUUCUUGAAAAGCCCGACACCGUGGGGUGAUUUGUACAAAACGUACAACUGGGAGGAAAUCAAAACGAUCUUGAGAGUGAGCGGUGUAAGGAUAAAGAGGAACUCGUUUAAGAAGACGGUAGUUUUGUCACAUGAUUUCGAAAAUCCAUCAAAUUUGACGAUCAAAGUGAAUGCGGGCUUGAGUCAAUCUGUUGAGAACACUAUAAGUACGACUUGGUCUCAGUCUAAGGAAUUCAGCGUAGCGCAGGAGUUCGAAUACGAUUUCAGCGUGAUCUUCGCCAAAAUUUCCGGCACAACAGAGAUUUCUUUCACUUCUACUUACGGUAAGAGCGAGGAGAGAUCAGAAUCUGUAACUAUAGGCUCAACUAGCGCUGUAGAGAUCGAAUUAAAACCGGGACAAUCAGCGACCGCGGUUUUGACGGCUAAGAAAAGCGAAUUGGAAAUUGAAGUGACUUAUGUGGCAACACUGAGAGGUAACGUGGCUGUGAAUUUCAGAAAAUCAUACAAGGGACAUCAUUUCUAUGGUCCGUCUGUCAUCGCUGUGUUGAAGAGCGCUGGGUUGGAAACGGAAAUCAUGACUUACGAAACCAUCAAGCUUGGCACUUUUAUGGAGGCGUCCUUGAAAGUUUUUGACAAGGAGACAGGGUUGCCAUUAUAGAAAAAUAAUAACAAACAUUGGA